UUUCUCUCAAUUUACCCCCAAAACCCUUUCUCUUUCUCUUCACCACACAAACCCAUUCCCCUUAUCUCUUCCCCUUCCUCAUCUUUUGAUUCCCCAGUCUUUAUUUUGCCUCAUUCCUCAUUUGGCCUUUGAUUUAUCAUCCCAUUUUUACAAAAAAUAUAUAUUCUGUUAUUCUUUAUCAACCUUUAACCCUCAGAGAAUGGCGAUUGCUUGGUCCAAAAAACCUGCUUCAAUGGAGGCUUUAUCAUUGUCCCCUCCUAUGUCCCCUUCCGUCUUCCUUACCCAAGAUGAAUUGAAAAAAAUUGCCGCUUACAAAGCCGUCGAGUUCGUCGAGUCGGGUAUGGUUCUGGGUCUCGGCACAGGUUCGACCGCCAAACACGCCGUCGAUCGAAUAGGCGAUUUGCUCCGUCAAGGCAAGCUCACCAACAUCGUCGGGAUCCCCACGUCGAAGAAGACGGAAGAACAAGCUCUCUCCUUGGGUAUCCCACUCUCAGAUCUCGACAACCAUCCCGCCAUUGAUUUAGCCAUUGACGGCGCCGAUGAAGUCGACCCGCAUCUCAAUCUCGUCAAAGGGAGAGGCGGGUCGCUUUUAAGAGAGAAAAUGGUUGAAGGAGCUUGCAAGAAAUUCGUCUGUAUCGUUGAUGAAUCCAAAUUGGUGAAACAUUUGGGCGGUAGUGGUUUGGCUUUGCCCGUCGAGGUUGUCCCAUUUUGCUGGAAAUUCACUGCGAAUAAACUCCGGAACCUUUUCGAACGCUCGGGUUGCGUCACCAAACUGAGGAACGAUUGCGAAGGGAAGUCAUUCGUCACUGAUAAUGGGAAUUAUAUCGUGGAUUUGUAUCUGAAGAAAGAUUUGGGGGAUUUGCAGAUCGCAAGCGAUGCUAUAUUGAGGAUUGCUGGUGUUGUUGAACACGGUAUGUUUCUUGACAUGGCAACCACUGUUAUUGUUGCAGGUGAGCUUGGAAUCACAAUCAAGAAUAAGUAGAAAUCUGGGGAACACAAAUUAUGCUAACCUUUUUUAGUAUUUGAUGAUUUAGUAUUGGUUUUUGAUUACUUUUUUCCAUUUGUCGAUUGAUUGAUGAUGAGAAGAGAAGACUUGUCGUGUACUUUUCAAUAUCAUUUGGGGCAAAUUGUAAGGGAAGAUUGAGUUUAGGCAUAUUAGGAUGCUCAAGCAGCUGAGCUAUGAGCGUGAUAUAUGUCAACUGUUAUGAUAAUUCUUAUAUUAAUGUUAGUGUACUUGAACUGAGCCGAAUUCAAGCUCGAGCUCGAUUUGA